AUCACGUGAUAUUAACUUUUUUUAUAACAUUUUAACCAGUAGUUUUGCAUGUUCUAACACUCCACUUAGUUUAAAUUUUCACGAAGCGAAUUAUAUUACUGUUAAAUUCCGACUUGCAAUAGUUUUUAAUUUUCAUUUUGAAUAAGAAGUAAAAAUUAUGUACUGAGCAAUAUUUUUUGUUUUGCAAUGUUAUAGGAGGAGACAUGCUGGUCAUCCAAAACGUAAUCGGUGGUUUUGCUGCUGGCUACGAGUGGGACGAGUCACUAUUUGAAUUUUUGAACAGUACAGACUUCAAGGAAACAUCCUACCCAGAUCUGGACUUCAACCUUGAAGAAAAGAAAUUUAAAAUAGAAUUAAAAAAACAAUGUCGCCUCAAGAGAUUAAUGCAACACUACUGUGUGGACUGUCAACAAUUAUCAGACAUCACAUCAGCAAAAUACCACAGAACUGGCAAGAAAUGUGAAAAUAACGGUUGUAAUGGACUAUUACUCUACAAAUGUAUCGAGUGCGGAAGAAUGUUUAAAGAGAUCUUUAGGGCGUAUAAGCAUCUCCGAGAUACCUGUAGUAAGCCCAAUGCAGUGCAUAAUAAAUCUUUACCGAGACUAACGCGUGACGUCAGAUACAAUCCUUACAACAAGGAUGGAUUCAAGGAGGCAUUUACCUUCCCUUGUUCAAAGUGCGAGAGGAAAUUUACGACUUUCAAAGGUCAGGCUUGUCAUGAAAAACGUUAUUGUAAAUACGCGACCUCGAAUGUUAAUUGGACGGAAACUGCGUCGGAUAAUCUCAUGGAUUCGACUUCGGCUCCAGCAGCUCCAAAAAGUGACUUUGCUUGUUCAAAGUGUGCUCGAAACUUCCUAACUCUGAAAGGGUUGAAAAUUCACAUGAGUCAUCGAUGCGGCAAGAGCGACAAUUCUAGUGAUUCGUGUCCAAAUGAUCCUACUGAAAAUGUUGACAACUAUGUUGAAGUUGAUGAUGAUGAUCAAACUUUGGCUCCAAAAAGUAACUUGACUUGUCAGACUUGUGACCAAAGUUUCCAAACUCUUAAGGGGUUGAAAAUUCACAUGAGUCAUCGAUGCGGCAGAAGUGAAGAGUCGAGGGUUGGUUCUCCAAGUACUCAUACUAUCAAGAUUGAGCCAACUUCAGCCACGAAUAGUGAUUUUCCUUGCCAGAAAUGUGAUCAGAGUUUCCUGACUUCCAAGGGGCUAAAAAUUCACAUGAGUCAUAGAUGUGGCAAGAGCGAAAAAUCUGGAAGUUUUUCUUCAACAGCUCCCAUUGACAAUAUUGACAAUCAAACUUCUGCUCCAAAAAGUAAUUUGACUUGCCAAACUUGUGACCAAAGCUUCCAAACUCCUAAGGGGUUGAAAAUUCACAUGAGUCAUCGAUGCGGCAGAAGUGAAGAGUCGAGAGUUGGUUCUCCAAGUACUCAUACCAUCAAGAUUGAGCCAACUUCAGCCACGAAUAGUGAUUUUCCUUGCCAGAAGUGUGAUCAGAGUUUCCUGACUUCCAAGGGGUUAAAAAUUCACAUGAGUUAUGGAUGCGGAAAAAGCGAACAAUCUAGUGAUUUUUCUUUGAAAGCUGCUAUUGAAAAUGUCGACCAUCAUACUCCAGAGCCCAAAAGUAAUUUGAUUUGCCAAACUUGUGACCAAAGUUUCCUAACUCCUAAAGGGUUGAAAAUCCACAUGAGUCAUCGAUGCAGUAGAAGCGAAUACUUGAGGAUUAUUUCUCCAAGUAUUCAACUGGAAGAUUGCAUCAAGACUGAGCCAACUUUAGCAACAAAAAGUGAAUUUCGCUGCCAGAAGUGCGAUCAAAAUUUUCUGACUUCUAAGGGACUGAAAAUUCACAUGAGCCAUGGAUGUGGCAAGAGUGUAAAAUCUGAUGGUUUUUCUCCAAAAGCUAUAACUGAAAUCGUUAAGAAUCAAACAUCAGCACGAAAAAGUAACUUUCCUUGUCCUAAGUGUAACCAAAACUUUCUGACUUCCAAGGGGCUAAAAAUUCACAUGAGUCAUCGAUGCGGCAGAAACGAAGAGUCGAGGGUAGUUUCUACAAAUAUCCAACCAAUAGAUACCAUCAAGAUUGAGUCAACUUUAUCAACAAAUAGGGACUUUAUUUGCCAUUUGUGUGACCAAAAUUUCCUGACCUCCGAGGAACUAGAAAUCCAUAUGAGUCUAGAAUGUGAAAAGAGCAAAGAUGCAGAUGCAAGUGUUGUGGCUCUGAACACUCAAUCAGAUACUACUGUUAAAACUGAGCCAACUUCAUCAACGAGCAACUUUUCGUGUUCCAAGUGUGACCGAACUUUCGAGAGCAUAUAUGGUUUGAGAUCUCACAUGAGUAUGAGUAGUCUGUGUGGCAAGAAUUUUAAGAAAAAAAGGGCUUCCCAAUUUAGUUUUCGCAAAAUUUCUCGAAAGCACGUUAGUAGUUCCUUAUUUUGUCCAAAAUGUAGCAAAAAAUGUGUAGGCAUCAUUGGUUUGAGAUUACACCUGAAUCGUUACUGUAUCAAGAAUGACGAUGUCUCCCAUACUACUGGUCCACCAGCUUCCGUUUCAACAAAUGAGUCGACACAUCAGGAUCCAACUCCAAACAGUAGUUUUGCAUGUAUAGACUGUCGGCUCACCUUUUCGAAUAUCAAUGCUUUGAGAUGUCAUGUUAAUUUUCACUGCAAGAAAAUGAAAUCUCUGAACACCACCACAUGUGAAAAGUGCUUCCAAAAAUUUGGAUCAGUCAAAAGAUUGAGACUUCAUCGUCAUUUUUGUCCUGUAUUAGUUAACAAUUUCAAUGCCACCAGGAGAGAUGGACAUGUCCCGGUCGAUAGCCCUGAAAUUGAUCAAUCAACUGUAGCAGUGCAAAUUAACAACCCAAGUAGAAACGACGAUCCGGCUAUGCAAGUUGAUGCAGUUAACAACUCCAAUACUGAUAAGAAGCCAAUUCUGCAAAUUAAUGAUUUUAUUGAGAAUCAACCUUUAUGGAAAAGGUAACUA